UCUCGCGGCAGUUCAGACCUCGUGCUCGUCUCCCUCGCCUGUCUGUGUGUGGUAUCCGCAGGUCCGGGGCACUUUUUUUGGUGCGAGUGUGUGUGUGUGUGUGUGUGUGUGUGUUUGGGGGGGGGGAUUGUCGGGGCGCGAGAGGAGAGCCGAGCCGAGGGGAAGGAAGGAAGCCACAGAGCUCCCCGGUCUCGGGCUGCUUCUCCCCUCCAGCGCUCUCCUGCCUGCGCGCUCCGAGGCGGCGGUGGCGGCACCGAGCGCUCCUCGCUGGGGACUCGGCGCUCGAGCAGGGAGCAGCGAGGACCUCUUUGAUGCGGCUUCCUGUGCCUGCUGGAGUUAGGAUGCCAGGGUGGUUGAUUCCCACCUACUGAGCCCGGAGUUUCCUCCUCGGCCCUGGGAAGGGCUUGCAGCGGCGGCGGCAGUAGCAGACAGAACAGCAGGCUCUCCUCUCCGAGGGGGGGCGUCGAAGCGCCCGCGCCGGGCUCCCGCCCUCACCCUCCGGCGCUCCUGCGGCCCCAAGCCGCCACCCCGGUGCCUGCCUCCUUCCUCUUCUCGCCGAGAGCCGCCCCUGGGAUCGGACCCGCGCGCCCCGGAUGCUGGGGCUGCCCCGGCGCGUCUCCCUCCUGGUGCGACGCGCUGAGUGAACCGGAGGGCGCCCGCGCUUGCCCCAGGAGGGGCCCCCUAACCUCGGGACCCCGCGCCGGACCCGCCGGGUAGACGACGAUGUCCGCUCAGCCCCCGGCUGUGACGCGCUCCACGCAGCGCGGGGAAGGCGGCCGGCCACAGCCCGCCGAGCCCUAGGUGCACAAAGCCCGCGCCCGCCGCCCGGCCUCGGCGCCCGCCGACGACUUUGCCGCCUGCUCCGCGGCUCUUUGUCUCCGUUUGGGGCGGGCGCCCGACUCUGGGAUUUCGGUGUGAGAGCGGGCUGGGGGGGCCGGGGGCGAGCUCUCGGUUUCCCGGCCGCCCCCCGCUCGGGCUUGGCUCCCCCCUCCCCCGCAUCUCGCCUGCCCGGGCUCUCGGCGCUUCCACGCUCUCGGAAUCACGACCCCUCCCUGCCAUGUAUCCGCAAGGCAGACAUCCGGCUCCCCAUCAACCCGGGCAGCCGGGAUUUAAAUUCACGGUGGCUGAGUCUUGUGACAGGAUCAAAGACGAAUUCCAGUUCCUGCAAGCUCAAUAUCACAGCCUCAAAGUGGAAUACGACAAGCUGGCGAACGAGAAGACGGAGAUGCAGCGCCAUUAUGUGAUGUACUACGAGAUGUCCUAUGGAUUGAACAUUGAAAUGCACAAGCAGACAGAGAUUGCGAAGAGACUGAACACGAUUUUAGCACAGAUCAUGCCUUUCCUGUCACAAGAGCACCAGCAGCAGGUGGCGCAGGCGGUGGAGCGAGCCAAGCAGGUCACCAUGACGGAGCUCAAUGCCAUCAUCGGGGUACGUGGACUCCCCAAUCUGCCUCUCACCCAACAACAGCUCCAGGCGCAGCACCUCUCCCACGCCACGCACGGCCCCCCGGUGCAGCUGCCACCCCACCCGUCAGGCCUCCAGCCUCCAGGGAUUCCCCCAGUGACGGGGAGCAGCUCAGGGCUGCUGGCGCUCGGUGCCCUGGGCAGCCAGGCCCACCUGUCGGUGAAGGACGAGAAGAACCACCAUGAACUGGACCACAGAGAGAGAGAAUCCAGCACGAAUAACUCGGUGUCGCCCUCGGAAAGCCUACGGGCCAGUGAGAAGCACCGGGGCUCCGCAGACUACAGCAUGGAAGCCAAGAAGCGGAAAGCGGAGGAGAAGGACAGUUUGAGCCGAUACGACAGUGACGGGGACAAGAGUGACGAUCUGGUGGUGGACGUUUCCAAUGAGGACCCAGCGACGCCCCGGGUCAGCCCGGCACACUCCCCUCCUGAAAACGGGCUGGACAAGGCCCGUGGCCUGAAGAAGGACGCUCCCACCAGCCCCGCCUCGGUGGCCUCCUCCAGCAGCACGCCCUCCUCCAAGACCAAAGACCUUGGUCAUAAUGACAAAUCCUCCACCCCUGGGCUCAAGUCCAACACACCAACCCCAAGGAACGAUGCCCCAACUCCGGGCACCAGCACGACCCCGGGACUCCGGUCGAUGCCGGGCAAACCUCCAGGCAUGGACCCGAUAGGUAUAAUGGCCUCGGCCCUGCGCACGCCCAUCUCCAUCACCAGCUCCUACGCUGCACCCUUUGCCAUGAUGAGCCACCAUGAGAUGAACGGCUCCCUCACCAGCCCCAGCGCCUACGCCGGCCUCCACAACAUCCCACCCCAGAUGAGCGCGGCUGCCGCCGCCGCUGCUGCCGCCUAUGGCCGAUCGCCAAUGGUGAGCUUUGGAGCUGUUGGGUUUGACCCUCACCCCCCAAUGCGGGCCACGGGCCUGCCCUCCAGCCUUGCCUCCAUUCCUGGUGGAAAACCAGCCUACUCUUUCCACGUGAGUGCUGAUGGGCAGAUGCAGCCCGUGCCCUUCCCCCACGAUGCCCUGGCAGGCCCCGGCAUCCCCAGGCACGCCCGGCAGAUCAACACACUCAGCCACGGGGAGGUGGUGUGUGCGGUGACGAUCAGCAACCCCACGCGGCACGUCUACACAGGUGGCAAGGGCUGUGUGAAGAUCUGGGACAUCAGCCAGCCGGGCAGCAAGAGCCCCAUCUCCCAGCUGGACUGCCUGAACAGGGAUAACUACAUCCGCUCCUGCAAGCUGCUCCCCGACGGGCGCACGCUCAUCGUGGGCGGCGAGGCCAGCACGCUCACCAUUUGGGACCUGGCUUCACCCACGCCCCGCAUCAAGGCCGAACUGACAUCCUCGGCUCCGGCCUGCUACGCCCUGGCUAUCAGCCCCGACGCCAAAGUCUGCUUCUCCUGUUGUAGCGACGGGAACAUUGCCGUGUGGGACCUGCACAACCAGACCCUGGUCAGGCAGUUCCAGGGCCACACAGAUGGGGCCAGCUGCAUAGACAUCUCCCACGACGGCACCAAGCUGUGGACCGGAGGCCUGGACAACACCGUGCGCUCCUGGGACCUGCGGGAGGGCCGGCAGCUGCAGCAGCACGACUUCACCUCCCAGAUCUUCUCGCUGGGUUACUGCCCCACCGGGGAGUGGCUGGCUGUGGGCAUGGAGAGCAGCAACGUGGAGGUGCUGCACCACACCAAGCCCGACAAGUACCAGCUGCACCUGCACGAGAGCUGCGUGCUGUCCCUCAAAUUCGCCUACUGCGGCAAGUGGUUUGUGAGCACUGGGAAAGAUAACCUUCUCAACGCCUGGAGGACACCGUAUGGAGCCAGCAUAUUCCAGUCUAAGGAAUCCUCAUCUGUCUUGAGUUGUGACAUUUCGGCGGAUGACAAAUACAUUGUAACAGGCUCUGGUGACAAGAAGGCCACGGUUUAUGAGGUCAUCUACUAAACAAGGACUGUAACAGGGCUGUCAAACUCUGGGAGAAACAGACUCAGCUGUGCCAGGGAGACCCCGGCGAGGGGCUCCGUGGACGUGGAGGAUGGGCGGCGAGCGGGCCCGCGCUGUGCUCCGGCGGCUGAGAAGGUGCCCCCGUCACAGUCGGGACUUCCAGGCGUGGAUUGAUGGGACUCACGGACUCUGAUGGAUUUCUCCUCUCCUCCCCUUAACGAUCCUGGCAGAUGUUACACAUAGAUUUAUUCGGGGGCUCGUGGCUCCGGCUCCCCACAGACGCCCUCAUGAAUCUUUCCUUCCCCUUUUGUUUUUGAUGUGUUCCCCUGCCCUGGCUCGGGGACACUGGAGCGUGGCCCACAUGUUUGUGCCAGGGGAGGGGGGUGGUUCACGUCCCUGACUGUGCAGCGCAUAAGGUUUGUGAAAAGUGUAAAUAACAGACUCCUAUCUCGGACUGGUCAGCUGGGGGGAGGAGGCCCCUUCCCACCGGCAACGCCAGCCGUGUAUUUCGCCUGCUGUAUUUGUAAUCCACUCGUGGUGGUGGCUUUUUUCUUUUUUUU